ACACACACACACACACACCCCGUCUCGUACACACUCACACACGCUCCGGCGCGCACACGCGGCGCGCAGGCCAGAGGGAGGAGGCUCCGCGCAGCUCGGCGGCGGCGGCAGCGUGCUCCGCGGGCGGCCCGGAGGGCUGGCGGGCGGCCCCCGCUCCCCGGCUCCGCGGCUCCGUGCAGCCCGCGCGGCCCCCGCCCUCGGACCCGCCCCCGGGGGUCGCCCGGCCCCAUGCCCUGCAGCGGCGGCAGAGAAGCGCGCGGCCGCAGGCGGCUCUGAGGAGCCCGGAGGGAGCCGGCGACGAAGGGGACCAUGUACCGGGACCCGGAGGCGGCCAGCCCAGGGGCGCCCACCCGCGAUGUCCUGCUGGUCUCUGCAAUCCUCACCGUCAGCCUUAGCGUCACUAUCGUCCUCUGCGGCCUGUGCCACUGGUGUCAGCGCAAACUGGGCAAACGCUACAAGAAUUCCUUGGAGACGGUGGGCACGCCAGACUCGGGGCGUGGGCGCGGUGAAAAGAAAGCCAUCAACGACCUAGACAGAGACAUUUGGAAUAACAAUGAAAGCACAGUGCAGCAGAAAUGGAGUUCCUAUCCUCCCAAGGAGUUUAUUCUAAACAUUUCACCCUACGCCCCUUAUGGCGACCCUCGACUGUCCCUCAAUGGCACACUCCUGUCAGGCGCCAAAGUGGCCACUGCGGCGGCGGGGCUGGCGGUGGAGCGGGAAGGCCGGCUCGGGGAGAAGCCGGCGCCGGUGCCACCACCCGGAGAGGACGCCUUGAGAAGCGGCGGGGCUGCCCCCAGCGAGCCGGGCAGCAGUGGCAAGGCGGGGAGAGGCCGCUGGCGGAUGGUGCAGAGCCACCUGGCCGCAGGGAAGCUCAACUUGUCCAAUUUCGAGGACUCCACCCUGUCCACGGCCACUACCCUUGAGUCUAUCCCCAGCUCCGCGGGAGAGCCGAAAUGCCAGCGACCCCGCACACUGAUGCGGCAGCAGAGCCUGCAGCAGCCGCUGAGCCAGAACCAGCGGGGCCGGCAGCCCAGUCAGCCCACCACCAGCCAGAGCCUGGGCCAGCUGCAGGCCCACGCGGCCUCAGCACCGGGCUCCAACCCCCGGGCCUAUGGUCGGGGUCAGGCCCGGCAGGGCACCUCGGCCGGCUCCAAGUACCGGGCAGCUGGGGGCCGCAGCCGCUCCAACCCAGGCAGCUGGGACCACGUGGUGGGGCAGAUUCGAAACCGAGGCUUGGACAUGAAAUCCUUCCUGGAAGGCCGGAUGGUGGUGCUAUCCCUGGUAUUAGGGCUUUCGGAACAGGAUGACUUUGCCAAUAUCCCUGACCUGCAAAACCCAGGAACCCAGCAGAACCAGAACGCUCAGGGGGACAAGAGGUUGCCUGCAGGAGGGAAGGCUGUGAAUACAGCCCCAGUGCCCGGCCAGACGCCACACGAUGAGUCUGACCGCAGAACGGAGCCCCGUUCCUCUGUCUCGGACCUCGUCAACUCCCUCACCAGCGAGAUGCUCAUGCUCUCUCCGGGCUCUGAGGAGGAUGAGGCCCACGAGGGUUGCAGCCGAGAGAACCUGGGCCGAAUCCAGUUUAGUGUUGGCUACAACUUCCAAGAGUCCACACUCACCGUGAAGGUCAUGAAGGCCCAAGAGCUGCCAGCCAAGGACUUCAGCGGCACUAGUGACCCCUUUGUCAAGAUCUACCUGCUACCCGACAAGAAGCACAAACUGGAGACCAAGGUGAAGCGGAAGAAUCUAAACCCGCACUGGAACGAGACCUUUCUAUUUGAAGGGUUUCCCUACGAGAAAGUGGUGCAGAGGGUCCUCUACCUCCAGGUCCUGGAUUAUGACCGUUUCAGCCGCAAUGACCCCAUUGGGGAGGUGUCCAUCCCUCUGAACAAGGUGGACCUGACCCAGAUGCAGACCUUCUGGAAGGAUCUGAAGCCAUGCAGCGAUGGGAGUGGGAGCCGAGGGGAGCUGCUCUUGUCCCUCUGCUACAACCCCUCUGCCAACUCCAUCAUCGUGAACAUCAUCAAAGCUCGCAACCUCAAAGCCAUGGACAUCGGGGGCACAUCAGACCCCUAUGUGAAGGUGUGGCUGAUGUAUAAAGACAAGCGGGUAGAGAAAAAGAAGACAGUGACAAAGAAGAGGAACCUGAACCCCAUCUUCAAUGAGUCUUUCGCCUUCGACAUACCCACGGAGAAGCUGAGGGAGACUACCAUCAUCAUCACUGUCAUGGACAAAGACAAGCUCAGCCGCAAUGACGUCAUUGGCAAGAUCUACCUGUCCUGGAAGAGCGGACCAGGUGAAGUAAAACACUGGAAGGACAUGAUCGCUCGUCCCCGGCAGCCUGUGGCCCAGUGGCACCAGCUGAAAGCCUGAGUGGGGCCGAGGGAGGCUCCAAGGGCCAAGGCCUGGCUCCCCAUCAUGCCCCUACCACUUUAUGCACAAUGCCCAGCCCGGCCCCCUGCCAUGGUGAGGGGAGACCCCGAGGGCUCAGCCAGGGAGGGGUACCAGAACUCUACUGGGCCCCAUUUCUAGGAAGUACCAGCCGCACCCCAUGAGUCCAGCUCGGGGGUGGGGGCUUGGGAGCCAUUCCCUGCUUUGCCUCUUUCUUUCCUGACUUGCUGAUACUAAAGAUGUGGGGGAGAGCUCAAGAGCCAGAUGGGCAGAUCCCUCCAGAGGCCCGCCAGGUGGGCAUAGCCCCCGUUUUCUUUAAGGCAGUGCCUGGAGUGGAGAGAAGCCACCCCUUCCCUAGAUCCCCUUUUUGGGGCCCAGAAGAGGAAGGCCGAGGCGUUUGGCCACGGCCUGGUCAUCAGGCCCAUCCCCAGCUUCAGGUGCCGGCUGGGCCCUGGACACUGAGGAUAGUAUAUAGCCUGUGCUCCAGAGUCCUGGAGAUGUGGCCCUGUGUAUUUGUGUUGUGUCUACUGUGUGUGUGUGUGUGUGUGUGUGUGUGUGUGUGUGUGUGUGUAUGUGUGUGUGUGCCCACAUGUGUGUACACAUGUGCACCUGGAAGCUCAUGAGCACAUGUGGGAAAGGGGGUGCUCACUCCCUAUCUAUCCCCCUGGGGCCAGCAAUGCUGAUUGGCUAUGGAGAAUAGCAGAGUUUCAUGAGGAUGAAGUAGGGCUGGGUCAGGUAGAGAUCAAGGCCACAGGGAAGGUAGGAGAGGAAGGGUAUGGACAGCUGAGAAGAAGUGGGGACCAGGGCAAAUGGCUGCUGUUUCAGCUGCCUCCUGGCACCCACUUUGCCUGUCUCUGUAGCCCCCACCCCCACAAUCCCCCAGUAUCGAUUCUCUACUGCAAUGUUGUUCCUUGGGCCUGGGCUCACACGCCGUAGGCACCUACUUAUCGUGUGCAUGGCCUUCCAACAGGGCACCACUCCCAUCCUUCUCAGGCAUUCUUAACCCCUCACCCGGGGACCCCCACCUUUCCGGAUCUCAUAUUGCAGCCAAAUUGACAUCUGCUCCACACUCUCUGGCUUGGAUAUAGCCCCUGAUCCCCACCCCUUACCCCAAUGCCUCCACCUUUUCUUUGCAUAAUCUGAUCAACCCCUGGCCUUCUCCAGGCUUUCUUGACACAUACCCCACCCCUACCCCCACCUCAGAGUAGUAGCUCUUUCUGCCCCUCCCACCCACCACAAAAACAGAGGAAGCAGGGAGCAUUCCAGGAGUCUGGGGUUGCCAUACCCAAAGAAGCUGCCGUCGUUUCUCCCGGCCUCUGCUGAGACUAGAACUGGCUUUCCUUUGGAAACAGCAGACCCCAGAAUGUCCCUCUGAAGUCCUGUCAUCCCUCUGUGCUGUAUUGAAAAAAGACCCAGCUGGUGAGAGCCUCAAAGCCAAUUCAGAGACUUGAACCCAACAUACCCGAAUUCUACCACCAGGUGGCACCAGAACACCACAUCUGUGGUAGCAGUUGGGGCCCACAUUACAGUUCUACCCUGGCUGGCAACUUGACACCCCCAAGGAUGGGAGGGGCUCUGAACUGCAUCUGCUUAUCUAGAGCACAGUGGGAGCACAGUUAUGUGGGCACCGCUUCCUUCCGUGGGCUUCUGCUCUAGGUGUGAGAUCUCCUUUUGUCCAUAGCAAAAUGUCCUUAAAUCAGAUUUCACACCCUGUCCCCAGGGUCCUGGAGGAAUCCCUUAUGUAGUAGGUGAAUCAUUCGUAGAGUGAAUAACUCCAUUGUAAAACAACUAGUUACCCAUAUUACUUGUAAAUCUAAGUGUUUGUAUACUGCAGCUUUUGCAUUAAAUAGGACCAUAUCCCCCACUCCCUUGCCCAGCUGGGUGUAACCCCAGGAGAGGGGCCCUCCCAACCCCCUGAAGAGGCUGUGUGGGAACAGAAGAGGGUAAUGUAGGAAGUCUGGAAAUUCGAGAGAGAUCGCUGCCAUCCUUCUCUCCAUCUGCCUCGGUCUCCUGAGUAUGUCCACUGAGCCCUCUGAGAGACCUGAGCAACCUGCACCAGUAGGUGUAAGGUUGGCAGCGGGUUUAUGUGAAGCGUGCUCAUGCACCAUUUAGCCAGUCAGCUCAGAGAGCAUCCCCCCCCCCCCGAGCUGUUCUGCCCUCAGACUACUAGGAACAGUAGUGACCCAACCUGGGAUUCCUCAGCCCCCCGAGUGUAGGUGGAGUGGGGCGUGGGGGGGGGGCAGACCUUGCAAAUAAAUGGUGGGCGGAGAACAGAGUGGGUUUGCACAGGAUGCAGCUGGAUGAUACAGAGUCUGGGCAUAGGAUGUUAGGGCAACUGGGGGAACAUGGAAAUGGGGGGAGGGACUUGAGGGCGAGGAGGGCACCAGAGCUCUGCCACCACUGUCCUAGGAUCUUGGGCAAGUCACCCACACUCCCGGGGCCUCAGUUUCUCCAUCUGUAAAACGAUGGUAAUAAUACUUCACCUACCUCAUGGGGGAGGUUGUGAGGCCACCAUCACCUGACCUAGGGGAUCAAGGCAGGAGGGCUCUGAAGGUGCUACCCAGAGCAGAGUUGUCAGUGAGGCCUGAAAGCAAGGCCCACCUGCCCUGUCUACCCUACCCCACAGAGCCUCUAGGGACCGCCAGAGCCAACCUGCCUCUUCACUGUGUCCCCACCCCCUUUAUGAGCGUCAUCUGACAUCUUGUGGGCACCCUAGACUUAGUUGUUAUGUCAUUUAGGUAGCUUUUCUUGUGACCAUCUUCUCCGUGUAACUGCUAUACAAAUUCCACCUGCCCCAGCACACCCCUCCACCUGCCCUCCAGCACCAGAGGCCAGGGAAGGGACAAAGGAAAACAGCCACAAAAGAAAAAAAAAAAAAAAAAAAAAAAAGCCAAGGGGAUUCCCAGCUCAGCUGGGGCCCCCAGGGGUGGGAACUGGUGGCGCUGUUUGUAUUGUGUUUGAGUCCUUGAGCGCAAGUGUUUUAUAAAAAAUAAAACAAAAAUCCACUAUCACACAAAAAAAGAAAAAGAAAAAAAAAUACAGCAAAGAGAACUGAAGACAAAAGGGAAAAAGAACCAUACAAUUUUUUCCACCAUAUGCACCCUCUAAGCCAGCAAAAUUUUCCUCUUUGCAAAAUCAUAUUUUUGUGGGAAUGGGCCCUGCUUUUUGUGGCAAGGCCUGUUCUGAUUAAUAAAGGAUCGUGAAAAAGUAGGGCCUUGGCUGUUUCCUCUGUGGGUCCCAGCCCUCUCUCUCUCUUCUUCCAAGGGAAGCAGUAGCUGGGAUUGGAGGGACUGGGGAGUCUUCGGGGUAUCUCCACUCAGCUUGUCACCUCUGACACUUGACUUUUCACUAGUGGCUUGGGCCUGCCUGGGCUUCAGAUCAAGACUAAUUCCUACAUUCACCAGCUGCCCCAAAGUAGAGAUUAUUGCAUGCCCCAGGUCAGACCUAAAAUCAUCUCGGAUGUAGUGGGAUCUCCCUGAGAUCUCCAAGACCUCCCUUGGAGUCCACUUGUCUGGAUACACACUCUCUCUCUUGACAGAGAACCCUUUUAUCCCUCUCCCAGGUCAGUAGAAAAA